UGGCAAAACGACUGAAGAUCGAAGUCUCUGUCAAGAAAACCUGUCUUUCCCACACUGCCUCCAAGAAAAACUGAAAUAUUCUCGGGACAGAGCCGCAAGAGGACCCGCACUGGAAGGCAUCGAGAAGGCCUUCUCGACGUCUCUCUCCGCACCUCAUCUUUCACCUCACCCUAUCUCAACCACAGUUCACGAGUUUUCUGUCUCGUCCUCCCACCAUCUUUACUACCAGUGAAUUUUCUGCCUUUUCCAGUUGUUCAUCUCGAGCGUCUAAACCUUGAAACGAAGACGCUCUUGGAAAGAUGUGCUGAACUCCACACAUCAAAAAACACGCUGGUCACGAAGAACCCAGCAGCGCAACUCCUUUUGUGAGCGAAAAGUCCAUCGGGAGCGUACGUCCACCAGGUGUCCAUACACUCGAGAGAAAACUUCGGCGGGUCGGCACUCGCUUUCUCUUUAGCGAUCGCGAUCGCGUUAUCAAUCCCGUGGGUGUUCAAUAUGCAGAACAACUGUUGAGAAGCCGCGUUUCACGCUGCGUUCUUCUCCACUUGCUGUCGUCUCCGUUCUAAGAAGGCGAGGGCCUUCUGCGGAUCGCUCUCGAUGAAGAUGUCCCCCUGCUGUACGUACACCGCGCGUCCAGGCUUCAGCGUCUUCACCUCGUGUGCUGCGACUCCCAGUUCACUGUUUAGUCCCCGCGCCGCCUCUCCGUGUUUUUCCCGUCUCUCGCCUCCGCCACACCCGCCGCACGCCGGGGUCUUCUCCAUGAGAGAAGAAAAAGAAAAAAAGGCCCGUUUUCUCUAACAAAAACUACGAGGGGAAAACGCCGAAGGGGCGAAUCAAACGGGGAAAGAGCGGUGAGAACACUGCCGGGACGGGAGCGGGACAGGCGACAUCGGCAAGGGCAAGCGACGACAAAAGACGCACGUACAGUCAGAAACACAGAGACGGGGAAGAGAGGAAAAGUAGCAGGCGGCCGAGAGAGAGAAGGCGAAGGCAAAGAAGAGAGCAAACAAAGGCGGAGACAACUGCUUAAAAAAGCGUAUGAUGAAGGCUUUCUGUUCCCUGGAAAAAGAGAGGGUCCAUUCAGGAUCCACGCGUAGGCUUCGAGCAGAAAAAAUCUGGCCGAAAAAAUCGAAAAAGUGUGCGUUCCUCCAAGCAACUGAAAAGCGAACGCGCGGAGAAAAGAGAAAUGGAGAGCGAUAAGGGAAAAGCGAGUCCUGUCUCGCUUCCUUGCCGCCGCGAGAUGCAGAAGUGACCUCUCUUUCUUUUUCUUGAGCGCUGAACGCAUGCAUGCCGUCUCUCUUGCGCGCAGGGCGCAUGCACUUCCGGAAAAAUCGAACCUCGCGAUAAGACGAGGCCCGCGCGGCGUACUGCGGGUGGCCAUCCCACACCUGUGUUUUCUCUCCCCCCCUGGAUGGUCAGCAACUGAGUCGAGCAAACUGGGAGUUUUCUGACCACGAGGCCGUUGGGGAUCGCCAAGCAAGUCGCAGAUUGUGUUUCUUCUUGUUUUCCGUUUUCUGCUUCUUCGGUGGGUAGACACUGUAAAAAUUCUCCACCAUGGCGACCGCGGACGUUCAGACCGAGAGAGCCUUCCAGAAGCAGGAUGGCGUCUCCUCCCUUGGCCGCCUCCACCUGACCGGCCAGAAGAAGAGGACUCAGCGCUACUGGAAGGAUGUGGGCCUUGGAUUCCAAACCCCGCGUCUGGCGAAGGAGUCCAAGUACGUCGACAAGAAGUGCCCCUUCACCGGCAACGUGAGCAUUCGCGGCCGAGUCAUCAAGGGCAUGGUAAUCAGCACCAAGAUGAAGCGCGCCGUCGUCAUCCGCAGAAACUACCUCCACUUCGUCCCCAAAUACAGCAGAUUCGAGAAACGCCACAAGAACGUCACUUGCCACUUGUCCCCCUGCUUCGAGCAGGUGAAGGAAGGAGACAUCGUCACCGCUGGACAGUGCAGGCCGCUCUCGAAGACGAUCCGCUUCAACGUGUUGAAGGUGGAGAAGAACCAGGUUUUCGGCAACGUGCGCAAGCAGUUCCGUCUUUUCUGAGUUUCCUGUUGUUUUUUUUCUCCAACUGUCUGUUGACACAAAGUCGCUGCGCCAACUUUGUCGCCCUUGUUUCGAGUUUCCGCUCCUCGCGCGGUAGUCAAUCGCGUCUUGAACGCCCUCAGUUUCGCUGUUGACGGUGGGAGUGAGAAGGGCUACGAACGGGGGGGAAGAGACUCAGAACGCGCUGUGUUUGCGUGUCCACUGCUGCCGUAAAUUUCUCUGUCUGCAAAUGCGUCGUCCACUGACGCCCACACCGUCGCUGGACUUGGACUGCGACUUGCGACUCGCGUCUCCCGUAGAAGGGGCUCUGAAGAGAACGCACCUUU